AUGGAAUAUUUUCGUUACUAUCGUACUUGGAUGUACGAUAGAACGUUACCAGGCAGACGUGGACUUACGGCAAAUUUUGAGGAAGGAGUUAAGGGGUUUAUCGCGUGGGCAUUUGCACAAGAAUGUUGUCGACGUGAGGGAGGAGUGAGAUGUCCUUGUCUUAAAUGUGAAUGUAGACGUAUAAUUAGUGACCCAGAGGAAGUAGAACGUCAUUUGAAGAGGAAGGGUUUCAUUAAAAAUUAUUGGGUUUGGACAUAUAAUGGAGAACAACUGCCGAGUAACGUACAUGCAGAGACAACUAAUACAGACGCAUCAAGCAGUCGAUCACAUAUGGAAUUUGAUGAACAAUUUAAUCUGAUCGAUGAAAUGGUUGGUAAUGCAUUUGGAGUAAAUGUGACAUAUGAUGAACCUCAGGACUUUGAUGGUGAAGAGUUGCCGAAUGAGGAAGCACAAAGAUUUUACCAAUUGUUGAAAGAAAUGAAUACACCGUUGUUUGAGGGGUCGGCAGAUUCAAAAUUAUCAAUGUGUGUGAGAUUAUUGGCUGCAAAGUCAAAUUGGAAUGUUCCUGAUCAGUGUUUGGAAUACUUUGCAAAAAUGAUGUUGGAUGCGACUCCUACGAAAGACAACUUGCCUACAAGUUAUUAUGAUGCAAAGAGGUUGGUGUCGAAGUUGGGUUUAGAAGUGCGAAAGAUUGAUUAUUGCAUAAAUGGAUGUAUGUUGUUUUAUGACAAUGAGUUUGGUAUUAAUGAUGAGGCGCUGGAGGAAUGUAAGUUCUGUAAGAGUCCGAGAUAUCAAGUUCGUAGUAAAGCCAUUAACCGUAAACAAAAACGUGUAGCAGUGAAGUCCAUGUUUUAUUUGUCGAUAAUACCAAGGUUAAAAAGAUUGUUUGCUUCAAUGCAUAGUGCAAGUCAAAUGACAUGGCAUCAUACAAACAAAACAUCUUCAGGCAUUAUGCGGCAUCCAUCUGACGGUGAGGCAUGGAAACAUUUUGAUAGGGUACACUACCCAAAAUUGGGUGUGCUGACACCAAAACUGGGAAGUUGCAUGGAAUGA